AUGUCUCAAAUGCCGAACAACGAUCCGAAUGCACACAGGUUGGAUCUUAGGGUUGGCGGGAAGUAUAGGUUGGGGAAGAAGAUAGGCUCUGGUUCAUUCGGUGACAUUUACCUCGGAAUUAACAUCAUUUCCGGGGAGGAGGUUGCCAUUAAGUUGGAGUCCGUUAAGGCGAAGCACCCCCAGCUCGAGUAUGAGUCGAAGGUCUAUAAGACUUUGGCCGGUGGUGUCGGUGUUCCUUUUGUCCGUUGGUUCGGAACAGAGUGCGACUACAAUGCCAUGGUGAUGGAUCUCUUGGGGCCAUCCCUGGAGGAUCUCUUCAACUUCUGUAACCGCAAGUUCAGCUUGAAGACCGUACUACUUCUGGCUGAUCAGUUGAUUUCACGAAUCGAAUACAUCCAUUCCCGCAACUUCAUUCACCGUGAUAUCAAGCCCGAUAACUUCUUGAUGGGUAUAGGAAAGCGUGGCAACCAAGUCAAUGUCAUCGAUUUCGGUCUCGCUAAGAAGUACAGGGACCCCAAGACUCACCUGCACAUUCCGUACAGGGAGAACAAGAACCUCACGGGAACUGCUCGCUACACUUCGAUCAACACCCAUUUGGGUGUGGAGCAGGCUCGCCGUGAUGACUUGGAGUCCCUAGCUUAUGUCCUCAUGUACUUCCUUCGCGGUUCUCUCCCUUGGCAAGGACUGAAGGCUGCCACCAAGAAGCAGAAGUAUGAUAGGAUCAUGGAGAAGAAGAUGACCACUCCUACUGAUCUCCUUUGCCGUGGCUUCCCCAACGAGUUCGGCAUCUUCCUGAACUACACUCGUGCGCUCCGUUUCGACGACAAGCCCGAUUACUCUUACCUGCGCAAGUUGUUCCGGGACCUAUUUGUCCGCGAGGGCUACCAGUACGAUUACGUCUUCGACUGGAGUGUUAGGAACCAGGACGAUGCUGGCGCUAGCACCAGCGCCAAGGGAGUCUCCGCUAGGAGAAAGGUCGUCCAAGAGGAGGACGACGCGCACCGUCCCAGCGACCGGAUGCUUCGUUCCCAUACUCGUCAACAGCAGCAGGCGGCUGGUUUGCCAGGUGCUGUUGGCCAGCAGCGCGUCAGGGGACGGGACAAUGAUAUCUGGUAA